CGCAUGAUUGUUCUCUACUCAUUAUCACCGCUCAUCUACCUAUCUACCUAUACCAUCAAACUCACAUUCACUAGGUACCGGUGUUUCAUUCUUUGUGCAUGCAUUACCUUUCGGUUCAAGGGUUUUGUUUUGUCUGUAGCUAUUCUUGCUAAGGAUUUACAGUGGUCGUCAUGCCUUACGUUCCACCUCACCAAAGAAGCGGAGCAGCUUCACCUUCUCUUUCCAAUGCCAAUGCCAAUGGUAGCUUGCCCAAAACUCUCGACGGACAUUAUUAUGCUUCUGGGAAAAGCUUUGGCCAGAGUAAAGACUACCAUGGUAAUUCCAACAGACGGGGAGGAAGUUCGGGUUCAAAUCUCCGCGAAGUCGGCAAUGGCAAUGGCAGUGGCUAUUCUCAUAGGCCGCACACGGAUGUUCGAGGCUCUUCCAUUCCCGAUGCUGUCUUCCCCCAUUGGCAGCCUUCCGACCGCAUUCGCCGUUUCGAGAAUGGUCAGAUUGAAGAGGUCAGAGCGCGAUUAAAUGUUGAUGUGGCUUCAGGCACACCUCCUGCCCCUGCACCUGUAGAGUCAUUUGAAGAUAUGUGUUUACAUCCAAGCAUCAUGAAAGAUAUUGUUUUUCAUGAGUACACUAGGCCAACUCCUAUUCAGGCUCAAGCCAUGCCAGUUGGUCUCAGUGGAAGAGAUCUACUUGGAUGUGCAGAGACAGGGAGUGGGAAAACGGCAGCUUUUGCUAUUCCCAUGAUUCAGCACUGCCUGGCACAACAACCUAUUCGGCAUGGGGACGGACCACUAGCUUUAGUUCUGGCACCUACAAGAGAGCUUGCCCAACAAAUUGAGAAAGAGGUAAAGGCUUUCAGUAGAUCAUUGGAGUCAUUCAGGACUGCUGUUGUUGUUGGGGGAACAAAUAUCGCUGAGCAGAGGUCUGAGCUGAGAGCAGGAGUUCAAAUUGUGGUUGCCACCCCUGGAAGAUUUAUUGAUCAUCUGCAACAGGGCAACAGUUCUCUUUCUAGGAUUUCUUUUGUUGUACUGGACGAGGCUGAUAGAAUGUUAGACAUGGGGUUUGAGCCCCAAAUUAGAGAGGUCAUGCGGAACCUUCCUAAAUGUCAUCAGACUCUAUUAUUUAGUGCCACAAUGCCUGAAGAGAUUGAAGGACUUGCUCAGGAAUACUUGAAUAAUCCAGUACAAGUAAAGGUGGGAAAGGUAAGCAGUCCCACAGCAAAUGUUUGCCAGACCUUAGAGAAGGUUACUGACGGAGAAAAGAUUGACCGUCUAUUAGCUUUACUUGUGGAGGAGUCAUCCCAAGCAGAAAAGUCUGGACAACCUCAACCGUUGACCAUUGUUUUUGUUGAACGGAAGACUAGGUGUGAUGAAGUUACAGAUGCCUUAGUAGCACAAGACCUACAUGCGGUUUCUUUGCAUGGUGGUCGUAGCCAAGGGGAUAGAGAAGCUGCUCUGCGUGAAUUUCGCAAUGGCACUACAAAUAUUCUAGUUGCUACAGAUGUGGCCUCACGAGGCCUGGAUGUGACUGGUGUUGCACACGUAGUUAAUCUGGAUCUUCCAAAGGCUAUGGAGGAUUAUGUACAUCGCAUUGGUAGAACAGGCCGUGCUGGGACUACAGGACGGGCAACUUCUUUAUACACAGAUCGUGAUAUGUUUCUGGUUGCUCAGAUUCGAAAAGCAAUAUCAGAUGCAGAAGCAGGGAACUCCAUGGCAUUUGCCACUGGAAAGGCUGCAAGGAGAAAGGAAAGAGAACAGGCAGCAGCAUUCCGCGAUGGAAGAGUUGGUCCUGCAGGUAUGGGUUUAGUUGGAGCAACCACCAUUCGUGUGGAAGACAAAUACAAGUACAUGUUGGCACAAGCAAAUCUUAAGCAAGAAGGUGCUGCAGAUAAUGCCUGGGAUGACUAAUUGUGUCAUCUUAUAUUGUUUGCAUUACCCUGAAGCAUGGAGAAUUUGAAGGUUCAAAUCCAUCCUGCCUAGUUAACUCCUAUUUAGGAGCUUUACAAAGUUAUUUUGAGCGCUUCCUGUCAGUUCUCAGUUUGGGGUGCCCUGGGUUGCCCUUGUUCUUGCUCCAAUUUCGAGUGCUAAAUUGGUCUUACAGUAUUUGGAUGGUAAUGUGCUGAAAUAGCAUUGUAAAAUUUGUUUAGGUUACAAUAUUUCUUAUAUGUCAUUCAAUAACCAGGGAAGCUUUCUGCAAUUAAGCAUUUCAAGUACUGAUCAUGAAAUUUCUUUCAGCCCUUAACUAAUGUUUAUAGCUAUUUUCUAGACUUAAAGCUCUGGCUGAUAGAGAGUUCUAUACCCUUGAUACAAUAAUUGUUUACCAUUGUUAAGUCAUGGUCCGUUAGUUUACUAAUCUAGGCCUGGUGCUGGUUGCAGUUUUAUGGUGUAGGUGGCCUAAUUUGGGAUUAGGUUGAACGUGUUAGUAACUUGAUUAUUGUAUCAUACACAUGGCUCUCACCUUACCUUAACUGGUUAUGGUUGGAAAUUUAUUAUUUUCAGCUUUUUGACUAAGUUAUAUAGUGAAAAAUGAGAUUUUGGAA